AUGGAUUAAACCUUAAUGAUUGAUGAAUCAGAAUAGUCUUUUGAAUAAUCCAGAAGGGUAGAACCAACAGUAUCAGAUAAAAUGAAAAGGAAUGAAUCUGCAACACUCAAAUAAAAAAUAAUUAAGUAGCUUUGAUCAUGCAUUUAAGUUAAGUUUCAUUCGAGAUGUAUAACAAAACAAACUACCACUUGAUUCCGUGCCAAGCAUAGUACAAUAAAAAAUUAGCGACUUUGAAGAUGAAUUUUAAGAUCUAUGGAAGGAAUCUGAUGAAUAUCUAAGAGAAAAUGGAGAAGCCAUUGAAAAACUUGUCAUGAAACCACUUUGUUCAAAGUACAUGCAUUCAUCUGAAAUUGUAGAUUGGUUUCAAUUGAUCCAGUCAAAGAUAGAGAAAUUGAAUUUUCUAUGAAAGCAUAUUCAUUUGUUUAAGCUAAACAUCUUGAAAUUGAUGAAAACAUAGAAAAACAUAAAAUCUUUAACUCAGUAGUUGAUUGUAAAUAGUGAAUUUAUCUUAGUGAUAUCUAAAAUUGAUAAGGUAGAGACACCAAGAGAAAAACUAAACUGCAUUGUUAAUGCAGGUAAAUAAACUAGUGGUAAUAGAUUAAUUUAAAUAACAUAGCUAUUGUCAAUUAAAUGGCUAAUAAUUAGCCGACAGGUGCCGAUAAUCUAUUACCUGUGUUAAUAUAUGCCACUUUGAAGGCACAACCAUAAAAAGCCUAUUCAAAUAUCUUAUUUGUGAGCUAUUAUAGAUCACCUAAGAGAAUCACAGGAGAAGAUGAGUACUAUUUUACUACUUAUGAAUCAACACUACAAUUUAUUGAAAAAUUAGACUACCACAAAUUAAAUAUCAACCAUCAAGAGUUUCAAGAUUUAAGCAAAGAACGUUUGGAUGUAAUUAAAAACUCUUAAAAUGUAAUUAAAUUCUCUUAUCCUCAAUAGGAAUUAUCUUAAAAUGGAAUUUUUAAUAUGGAUGCACACUAAAAUUAUGUCAAUCUAUAAAUGAUUAAAAUGAAAAUAUAAGAUCUACAACGUAAAUCAAAGUUCUAUGAACAAUCAAAGAAAUAUAAAUUAAAAUUCAAUCAAAAAUAGUUAAAUGUAAAAUUGUAUAUAUCUUUGAGAAUAUCACUUUGAAUGAAAUACCAGAGUUUUAUGAUGAAUAUUAAAAUCUAUAUAAGAAUUUGUUAGAAAUGCAAAAGGAUAUUCACAACCUAUACAAUUUGACAAAUGAAAUUAUUAAGGAAAGUUAAAGCGAAACCAAGAAGGUGGCUACUCGAAAGUUCUUUGGAAUUCUAUGA